AUGGCGGUGACGCCGUUGCCUCUGGCCCGUUCAUCUCUCCUCCUCCAUCGGUUCAAAGCCAGGUUCUUCCUUCAAACGCCGCCGUUUCGCACCCAUUCUUUCCCCUUAAACCUCACAAAAACCUUCUCUGCACGUCUGCUGUCAACCACCUCCACCCCGUACCCACUCCAAUACGAAAUGAUUAUUUCCCGCCCGUCUAAUCCCCCUCCUCCGCCCUCUUCCCGCAGCCGCCGUCUACCUGCCAUCCCUAAUUCUAGACCCGAUGACUCAGAACCCGAUCCGGAACUCGGUUUCGAUGACUGGGUUGAUAAAAAGUUAUCCAGCAAGAAUAAAAGCAACGAUGAUACAGAAACGGAUAUAGUCAUGGACAAGGCGAAGAGAAAAUAUUACAAUAAGAGGAGAAAAAGAAUGUAUGGAGAAUCGGAAUCCGAUGAGGAAAGUGGUGGCAGGGGGAAGGAAGGGGAUUAUGUGGAAUUAAAGCAAGAGAUAGUGGAGCUACGUACAUUGCACAAAAAAGAGGAAGAGCUGUAUUUUUAUGAUGCAUUUGCGUACCCAUGGGAGAAAGAUAAGCAUUACAAGAUGGUUUAUCAGUUGGAGAAGAAGUAUUUCCCUGAUCAGUGUUUCGAUAAGGCCUUUCUGGAGCCGGGCCAGUCAAAUGUUAAUGAGAAUGUGAAGAAGGAGAAGAAGAGAGUAGAGACUAAAGAAGUGAAAGUUGAGGAUGAUAAAGAGCUGAUGUUCUUCGAGGGGAGUGAGAGUGAGCGAGAAGGGAAGAAUUUGAAAGUGGGUGAUGUUACAAAGAAAAAAGUAGAGGAUUUCUUCAAGUGUUUGAAGAAAGUCCCCAAUAUGAAUAAUGAUGAUGCCACUGUCCUGGAGCCCUUUUUUUCAACGAGAAGUGUUGGGCUUCCGCCUAAAUGGGAUGGUCCCACUGGGACUGUGGUUUUGGUGAACAAACCAAAAGGUUGGACUUCAUUUACAGUUUGCGGGAAGCUGCGACGCCUGGUCAAAGUGAAAAAGGUGGGGCAUGCUGGGACUCUUGAUCCUAUGGCAACUGGUUUAUUGAUCGUAUGCGUUGGUAAAGCUACCAAGCUAGUUGAUAGAUAUCAAGGUAUGAUAAAGGGUUACAGUGGAAUAUUUCGUUUAGGAGAAGCGACCUCCACCUGGGAUGCUGAUUCGCCGGUUAUCCAACAUGAGCCUUGGGAACAUAUUAAGGAUGAGAACAUAAAGAAAGCUGCUGCAUCCUUUUGUGGAGAAAUAUGGCAAGUCCCUCCAAUGUUCUCAGCUAUCAAAGUCGGCGGAGAAAGGAUGUAUGAGAAAGCUAGAAAAGGAGAAAGCAUUGAACUUUCACCACGACGGAUUUCAGUAUACGAGUUCAGUGUUGAACGAAGUUUAGAUGACAGGCAAAAUAUUAUUUUCCGGGUGACAUGCUCAAAAGGGACAUAUAUUCGAUCCCUCUGUGCUGAUUUUGGAAAGGCUCUGGGAAGCUGUGCACACUUGAUAGCCUUGCGCCGAGAUUCAAUUGGAAAUCAUUCAGCGGAUGAUGCCUGGGAAUUUCAAGAGUUGGAAGAAGCAAUUACAAAAGGAUAUUUAUAA